AUGGCCGUCACAUUACUUGCUCCUGCAGCGGCGCAUGCUUCUUCAAUAGAUACAUCGUGCGACCUCGCGUCAAGUAAAUCGAGUUCGGCCUCAUCGCCGCAGCAAUAUCCUACCGAGCUGUCACAAUCUAUUCCCGAAGAAGGCGAUGAAACCGAUAGCGAAGCGGUAAUCGAACCCGUCACCCCCGUGAGCGGUCGCCAGUCACAAGAUUUUCACACUCUCACCAACGCAGACGGUCAGUCAUACGGCCACCCAGAUCCGGCCCACGAGCAACUUGCGUCUGAUCAGAGUGCCGCCACCGCCGCCGCCUUUCCGUCUGACCGGCAGGGUGCUGCACUUGGCUCCAAACCCACACUGGUCGUCGACACUUCCGCUUCUCCGCCGAGAAAAACCCCAAAGAGCCCCCAGGAAACUCCUCGGGCGCCUUCGUCUAACCCCACACCAGAGACACCCACCCCGGCCACGCCCGCAACAGAGCAGGACUUGAACGGUGCGACUUCCUCGAGGCGUUCGACUUUUGGUUCGACCACGAGUUUCCGGCGCACCAUGUCGAGCUUUCUGAGACGGGUUGGUUCGCAGGCGGACAAGGGCACUGACUCAAAUAGCGCUAACGCAUCGUUGUUGAAUCUGCCCGAUGCUGCCCAGCGCAAGGUGCCCAAUCGUCGGUGGUCAAUGAACAGGAGCUCGGCUACUACCCGCUCAAAUACACCGCCGUCGCCUGGGUCGCCGCUCGAGAUGGCCAUCAAGUCGAGGGAGUCUAGGGAGGACCCGUCGCAUCCAACUCUGCCGGGCUCAGAGGCCUUUCUCAAGAAGACACGCGCUGCGACCGGUUUCAGUUUGCGCUCUCGGCCAGUUGUCAAAAAGGAUGCCCCUUCACGCCAGGAGUUGCAGCUUAGGCGACGUGCGAGUAGUUUUGACUACUCGAAGCAGGAGCGGGGCUCGACGGGAGAUGCUGACAAAACCGUCCGCAUGGAGAGAGCUCUUUGGGGACUUCCGGCCGAGACGGGAACGGGCGUGAAGGCGCGCCGGAUGAGCCUGAGCCUACCCGACGAUUUCACCGUGGACGUGAUCGAACUCGCAUCUGAGUUUGAGUAUCAGCACAAGCUUCUGGGUCGCCACGGCAAACAUCUCGGCAAGGGUGCAACUUCUAAGGUCACCUUGAUGGUGGCCAAGAACGGUGGCGAUCUGUACGCGGUCAAAGAGUUCCGCGGGAAAUCCUCAAGCGAAACUCGCGAAGAGUACGAGAAGAAGAUCAAGUCCGAAUACACGCUUGCCAAGAGCCUGCACCACCCCAACAUCGUCGAGACGAUACGGCUGUGCAUCGACCACGGCCGAUGGAAUCACGUCAUGGAGUACUGCGAGGACGGUGACCUUUUCAGCCUUGUCAAUAAGAAGUACCUUAAGAGCGAGGACAGGGAAAAGGACCGUCUUUGUCUCUUCAAGCAGCUUGUGACUGGGAUUCACUACCUUCACUCGAACGGCAUCGCCCACCGUGAUAUCAAGCUCGAGAACCUGCUUAUCACCAAUGACUCUCGGCUCAAGAUUACCGACUUUGGCGUCUCCGAGGUAUUCUCCGGUAUCCAUCCCGGGAUCAGAGAAGCGGGCGGCCAAUGCGGAAAGAACAUGGGUGAAGUGCGGCGCUGUGCUCCGGGCAUAUGCGGCAGUCUGCCCUACAUUUCGCCUGAGGUCCUGGCGAAAGAGAUCGACUACGACCCCCGUGGCCUGGAUGUGUGGAGCUCGGCCAUUGUCAUGGUUAACCUCAUCUUCGGUGCGCCCCUGUGGCACAAAGCGGAAGCACCCGCCAAUGCCACCUCGCGGGACAACUAUGCUGCUCUCCGCCGUGGUUGGGACAAGUGGAACGCGAAACACGCCGACGACGCCGAGACGACCAUCACCGAGAUGGACUACCCCCACGUCUUUGUGUUUGACACCUUUGUCAAGCCGCCGGCGCUUCGCCGUGUCCUCCUUCAGAUGCUCAACCCGGACCCGGAGAAGCGCAUCUCGAUCGCCAAUGUGAUCAACAACCGUUGGGUCAAGAAUAUCGAGUGCUGCCAGCCCGAGAAUUACGACGAGCCUAACGCAGCGAGCAUGUUUGAUGCGUCCAAGAAGGCGUGUCAAAACCGCAACAGCGGCAAAAAGAUCUUUUGCCAUAACCACCUGCCGCCUGCCAUUCACAACACCCAUUCGUUGGGCAAGAUGCCCGGCAGCGCAGGCUACUAG